AGCGCGAGAGGCUGAGCUGUCGCGACCCAGCCAGAGUUUGGGAAGAUUCCGCUAAAGACGGUCACGCGCGCGCGCUACCGCUCGCCUCGCGCUGUUCUUUCAGCACCACGGGCUUCACGAGCGCUUGUUUAGGUUGUGAGCGCGCGCGGGGACCUCAUCUGGACACCGGACCCAUCGAGGAUGUGACACCUUGGGUUCCUCAGAGAGAGAGAUUCCGGAGGUUGUUUCCUGGUCCCCCUGGUAGCCCAACCCAAGCUCUCCCCAAGUGUGAAAUCCCUCCCCUGCAUCGCCCUGAGGCUCAUCUGACGGGGAGCACCCAUGUCCUGCUUCCUCAGGAGUCCCACCCAACAGCACACCCAGUACCCUCGGUCAACCCCUCCUCCCAGUCUGUGAUCCCACUGCCCCCCCCUCCAACAUGGCGAGGGAUUCCAGGCACGCCUGGCGCUCCCUGUGCUGCCUCGUCCUCGUCCUCCUGCUGCCUAUGGUCUCCUCCACCACCACCACCUCCUCCUCCUCCUCCUCCUCCUCUAGUCAGAAGUUGGCACUGGGCGAGCCCCAGCUGGCCCAGCCGGAGCACGCACACUCCAUCCGGCUGGACGGUGACAUCAUUCUGGGCGGGCUGUUCCCCGUGCACGCCCGGGGCGAGCGCGGCGUGCCGUGCGGCGAGCUGAAGAAGGAGAAGGGCAUCCACCGGCUGGAGGCCAUGUUGUUCGCCAUCGACCUCAUCAACAAGGACCCGGACCUGCUGCCCAACGUCACGCUGGGCGCCCGCGUCCUGGACACCUGCUCGCGGGACACCUACGCCCUGGAGCAGUCGCUCACCUUCGUCCAGGCGCUGAUAGAGCGAGACGGGUCCGACGUGCGCUGCGCCAACGGAGACCCGCCCAUCUUCGCCAAGCCCGACAAGGUGGUGGGCGUGAUCGGGGCGGCGGCCAGCUCGGUGUCCAUCAUGGUGGCCAACAUCCUCCGCCUGUUCAAGAUCCCUCAGGUGAGCUACGCGUCCACUGCUCCGGAGUUGAGUGACAACGUGCGCUACGACUUCUUCUCACGCGUGGUUCCUCCAGACUCCUACCAGGCCCAGGCCAUGAUGGACAUCGUCACGGCGAUGGGGUGGAACUACGUCUCCACGCUGGCCUCCGAGGGGAACUACGGAGAGAGUGGGGUCGAGGCCUUCAUCCACAUCUCCAGAGAAUCAGGUGGGGUGUGUAUAGCCCAGUCUGUGAAGGUCCCCAGGGAGCCGCGACCAGGAGAGUUUGAUAAGACCAUCCAGCGGCUGAUGGAGACCCCCAACGCCCGCGCUGUCAUCAUGUUCGCCAAUGAGGACGACAUCCGACGCAUCCUGGACGCGGCCAAAAGGAACAACCAGUCGGGUCACUUUCUGUGGGUGGGCUCGGACAGCUGGGGCUCCAAGAUCUCACCGGUGGUCGGGCAGGAGAAGGCUGCUGAGGGGGCUAUCACCAUCCUGCCAAAGAGAGCCUCAGUGGAUGCGUUCGAUCGCUACUUCAGGAGCCGCUCUCUCUCCAACAACCGCCGGAACGUCUGGUUUGCGGAAUUCUGGGAGGAGAAUUUUGGAUGCAAGCUUGGGAUGCACGGCAAGAAGCCCGGAAGUCCUAAGAAAUGUACAGGGCUGGAGAAGGUGGGCCGGGACUCCACGUACGAGCAGGAAGGGAAGGUGCAGUUCGUGAUGGACGCCGUCUACGCGGUGGCCCACGCGCUGCACCGGAUGCAUCGGGACCGCUGCUCCGGGCCCGGCCUCUGCGCCGCCAUGGCCAACAUGGACGGCAAGGAGCUGCUCUCCUUCAUCCGGGCGGUGAACUUCAACGGAAGUGCCGGGACACCUGUCACUUUCAACGAGAACGGUGACGCCCCCGGACGUUAUGACAUCUUCCAAUACCAGAUCAAUAACCAAUCGACAACAGAGUACAAGGUGAUCGGUCAAUGGACCAACCAGCUGCAUCUCAACAUGGAGGCGCUGCAGUGGGCCAGCGGCGACUGGUCGCUGCCCGGCUCGGUGUGCAGCCUGCCCUGCCGGACCGGCGAGAGGAAGAAGGUGGUGAAGGGCGCCCCGUGCUGCUGGCACUGCGAGCGCUGCGAGGGCUACCACUUCCAGGCCAGCCAGUUCACCUGCGAGCUGUGCUCCUACGAGCAGCGGCCGGACCACAACCGCACGGGCUGCCAGCCCAUCCCCAUCAUCAAGCUGGAGUGGAGCUCCCCCUGGGCCGUGGUGCCCGUCUUCAUCUCCGUCCUGGGCAUCAUCGCCACCACCUUCGUCAUCCUCACCUUCGUGCGCCACAACGACACGCCCAUCGUGCGGGCGGCGGGCCGCGAGAUGAGCUACGUGCUGCUGACGGGCAUCUUCCUGUGCUACGUCAUCACCUUCCCCAUGAUCGCCGCGCCCGACGUGGUGGUGUGCUCCUUCCGCCGCAUCUUCCUGGGCCUGGGCAUGUGCUUCAGCAACGCGGCGCUGCUCACCAAGACCAACCGCAUCCACCGCAUCUUCGAGCAGGGCAAGAAGGCGGUGACGGCGCCGCGCUUCAUCUCGCCCACCUCCCAGCUCUUCAUCACCUUCUUCCUCAUCUCCCUGCAGCUGCUGGGCGUGCUCAUCUGGUUCGCGGCCGACCCGCCCCACACCUUCGUGGACUUUGGGGAGCAGCGCACGCAGGACCCCGAGAGGGCGCGCGGCGUGCUCAAGUGCGACAUCUCGGACCUGUCGCUGAUCUGCUCGCUGGGCUACUCCAUCCUGCUGAUGGUCACGUGCACCGUGUACGCCAUCAAGACGCGCGGCGUGCCCGAGACCUUCAACGAGGCCAAGCCCAUCGGCUUCACCAUGUACACCACCUGCAUCAUCUGGCUGGCCUUCAUCCCCAUCUUCUUCGGGACGGCGCAGUCGGCGGAGAGGGUGAGUACCGUGGAGUUCGGGUUGACCAUCGGGAGGGAUUUGUGUUUGAAUGAUGCAACAGUGAAGAUGAUGCAUAUGGGAUGCAGCAGUGGAGUAGUAUACGCGUUUUAAAUUCAACACCAUAGUCAGUUUAUGACAUAUACGCAAAACAGAACAUCUCAGCAGUGGCUUUUUUGAAGGGAGGGGCGGGGGUU